CCCUGGAAAGUUUUCAACUUGCUAUUGCUUCUUGCUACUGACAAUGACAAUCAAUUUUAAGCGUCAUUAUUGAUCAUUGUAAUUGUAAUAACAAUUAUCUUUUGUGUUUAUAGUCUUUUUUUGUUUUUGUAUUUUCUAAACAUUGUGUAAUAGCAAAGACAAAAAUUAUCUGUGAAAAUAGAUUUUCUUUUCUCACAUGAUUCCUUUUAGGAAUCCUUGGAGCCUUUUUUAUCCAUGUUUUAGAUAUAAACGAAAAUGCUGUAUCUACUUUCAUUCGUGCUUCUAGUUAAUGCUGGAGUGCAAGCAAAUACUCCAUUUAUCAUUAGCAGCAUAGACCAUGAUGACAUUCCUCCUCCACCACCUGUAGACAAAGCUGCUCAGUAUGCCCGAUACAUCGUUCGAAAUUCUGAUUGGUGCUCUUUGUCACAUGUAUCACAUCAGGAUGACGUCACUAAGGGUUACCCAGUAUCCAGAGUUUACUCUUUUUCCGAUGGACCUUUCAGCAACAGCAGUGGAAUUCCUUAUAUCUACACGACAUUUGAAGAUGGAGGAGCCAGAGAUUUGAAGACUGACGUGAGAAGUUCCAUCACCGUAUCGCUUGCUCAAGGAGCAUUCUGUGAUGUUAGAAAUCUGGAUCCCGAAGAUCCAAGAUGUCCUCAGGUGAUCUUGACUGGCGAUUUCGAGUUUCUUGAGAAAGACUCAGACGAAUGGAAAUUUGGACAAAAUGCUCUUUUUGAGAAACAUCCUGCUAUGAAAACUUGGCCAAAAAGCCACAAAUGGAUGGUUAGCAAACUCAACAUUAAAUUCAUAGAGCUUGUAGAUAAUGUCGGAGGGGGUAAAUACCCAACCGUUCAGGAAUAUUUCAAUGCCUCACCGGAGCAUCCUUCAGCCUACCACAACAAAAUACCUCUAACUGAUUAAUCGAUAAUUUUUCUCUCUUAUUCCUCGUCGCACGUACAACUAUACAAUUUAACUGUGAUCAAAUAACGUCAUCUAACUGAACUAACGCCACGAGAACCAACGAACGAAUCUAAUGACCAUGACGUCAUUAAUCGACGGUUAAAUUUGAUAGGCGUACGUAAAACCGGACCUUAUUUUUAAAUUGUAGUGUUUAUCGAGUACGGUAAUGUUAUUGUUAACUGUUAUGCUAUGAAUUUUAAGAGGCCAUAGUUAUAGCUCAUAAAUAGUUAUGUUUGUUUCAUUAUC